CUUGGAAAACAGGUCCAACCGUUGUUUUCCAAGGAGCCCGCGGCGGAUGAUCGCUUAUUUAAGCACAUCUGAAUGGGGAAAUCGUGGCGAAGAAAGGUUGCUCUGUAUCCACAAUGACAGGAAUUGGCCACCGCAAAGACCUGAAAUUUCCGAGCCCUUGGUCAAAACAAACUCUCAUAUAACCUUCUUCCUUUACCACCACCACCAUUGUUCUUAAAUCCUCAAAAAUUCCUGGAACUUCCGACGUAGCAACUGCCAUCAACGUCCACACCGGGUGAACCAAUAAUCAACAAAUCCCCUUUCCAACAAUGUUUCCGCCGAUGUCAUCUACACACUGGCUCGAAAUUGGAUUUUACUCUCGAUUCUCCCUCCCUCCCUCCAUGGCGAAAAUUACUUUGACGCGUCCAACAACGACGCGUCGUUUAUCAACGUGGGAAGUUCCAUUGGCGAAAUCAGCUGUCAGCAAUCUCGCUUGUGAAGCACCUGCAGAGGAAAUCUUCAAGGUCGACUCGUCUGCUGCGCUGUGCGUGCAGGAAACGCGCGAUGUGCUCGCUGUAAACCCCUUCCACGAGGCUGAGCUUGAAAAUUCUGAAUAUCCGUUGGCUGAUUCCGAUAGCGAAUGUGACGCUGAGUUCAAAGACGUGUUUUAUGCAUAUGAGCCCGAAUUCGAUGCAUCUCUUGACGAUGAUGUCCUUCAAAGCUGGACUAUGAGCAGAAACAUCCUUGCUAUAGACUCAACGACACCUUGGCUAACUCCCCAUAUCGUUAUCACCCCUGCAUCCGAUACCAUGAGUGAUCUUGCUAUCGCUUGGUUCAAUCAACCAAAUUACUACCAAGAUACUUCGAAACUAUGUCUGCCACCGUCAGAUUUCGCAGAGAACCCCUCUUCUUCGCGUUCAGAUGCCCCUCCGAUUAUUACAUCUUCUUUACCACUUGCGUUCCAUCCGAUCUCCGUUUUUAGUCCAUCGAAAUUCAACGCUAUGAUUGAAGGCUGCUCUCAUGAGCGCUUGAGCUACUUCAACGUCGUCAUCGCACUCAGACGGCAGAUAAUGAAAGCUGUCGCUAUAAUGGCAAGUCAGGCUGCUAAUAGUUUCCGAGAGCGAUACGACUCGGCUCUCCCUUUCUCGAACAUCGACCGUCCUUUCUCGUGGACUGACCCAGCUGAGCCCAUUCUAUCAGCCAGCCGCUUCCACCGCGCCACCCUCAUCCUCGACUCCACCAAUCCGUUCCGAGUUCCGCAUAUCAUCAUCAAUCAACCUCCACCGGAAGACCAAUGGCUUACAGCGACCAAUACCGUGAACGAUCCGCAAGAUUAUGGUUUUGGUCGGUACCUUGUCGUACACUCCCGUGGCGUUAACUACGUCAAUGAACCCGAGGACGCGUAUCUCUCGUUCCCGAGUGACGAGUAUUAUGACACCUCUAGGUUUGAUGAAAAUGAGGAGGAGGAGAAUGGGGGUUGGGCAGAUCCUGUAACCGAGAACGAAGAAGAUUACGAUGGGAUUCGCAGCUAUAAUGACACCUUGGAGUGUUACACGUCUUUCGAAGAGCUGCCUGAACUUGAUACAGAAAGCCUUACAUCCGUCGAGUCACCGUUUGCGGAAACGCCUGAUCCUCUGGACGACGACGCAGAUUACCGAUCUGCUUACGAGCGAGAUUUGGAAAAACGAAUGGUAUCUUCUGUUAAUAUCAGCUCAGUGAACUCUUGUGCGCCAUUAUAUAUGGAUGGUUGCCCGUUAGACCGUUCAAUGGUUGAUGCUCUCAAUGUGAAUGACGAGGACGAAUCUUCACCGUAUUCAUGGGCUGAUGAAGAAGACGAUCUUCCACCAUUAGAGGAUGAAUGGUAUCAAUCAGUUAUACGGCGGACGCAGGACGUCUUCGCAGAUGCAUAAUUUGCAUUGCUCUCUCUUUUGACACUGCAUUACUAUCUCAUGACCGUCUUUGCAUUGACCCAUAGUGAUUCUCAUUUGUUAUCAAUGUUUUCUUUGUCUGUUUUUAUUUGUUCGUCACUCCUAGCUUUGUUUUGAUGUUCCUAUCGCAUAUCGCAUCUUACAUCAUAGAUUAUACGUGCACCUGAACAUUUUCUUUCCAUCUCGUUAUCUCAUGCCCAUAUCUGUACUAAUAUUACAUCUCACUUUUUGUAUUUAAAGCCUGUGCUUUCAGAUC